GCACUGUAGCCAACAAGGUAUACAACACACAACAUAGUAGUCUAAAAUAUUUAUCGUGUUAACUUCAAACGAAAUGAUAAACUUAUCAAAAUAAAUAAAAUAAAAGAAAAUAGAUAAACUCUUAAAUUUACAAAAAAUUGGAUUACAGUGAUUAAUAAAUAUGCCUAAUCAAGUAACUAAAAUAACGUUUCUGAAAGGAAAUGAUAAACUUAUCAAAAUCAGAAACGUUAUUUUAGUUACUUGAUUACUCAUAUUUAUUAAUCACUGUAAUCCAAUUUUUUGUAAAUUUAAGAGUUCAUCUAUUUUUUUUUGUUAAUUUUAUUUAUUUUGUUUUGUCGGACUUUACGAAAUCAUGGGGGAAAUUGCAUUUGUUUUUAUUGUUUUCCCUCGCAAACGAGUUAAACAGUAAAUAAUUCGUCCUGACAUUUGGGUAGCUAAAUCGUUUAUUUAUAGAGUUUAUUUUUACCUCGUUAAAUAAAAUCACAAUAAUUUGGUGACAAAAGUAUAAUCAGCAAUAAAAAUGAGUUUGUGGGUUGAUAAACACCGUCCGACGUCUUUGUCUAAGUUAGAUUUUCAUAAGGCUCAAGCCCAGCGACUAAAAAAUUUGGUUCAGCAAGGUGACUUCCCACAUCUGCUGGUGUUUGGGCCGUCAGGCGCCGGCAAGAAAACGAGAGUCCUGUGUAUCUUGCGAGAACUGUAUGGAGCGGGUGUGGAGAGAUUGCGGAUGGAGAAUACAUCAUUUACGACUCCGUCCAAUAAGAAAGUGGAGCUGAUGAUCAUCAGCAGCAACUACCAUAUGGAGGUGAAUCCCAGCGAUGUGAACAUUUAUGAUCGGGUCGUGGUCCAAGAAUUGCUGAAAACAGUUGCCCAGACCCACCAGUUUGAUUCCACCGGCCAGCGAGAAUUUAAAGUGAUUGUGGUGACGUCUGCCGACCAGUUGACGAAAGAUGCGCAGCACGCCCUCCGGCGGACCAUGGAGAAGUACAUGGCAACCUGUCGCCUCAUCCUGGUCGCGAACUCCGCCUCCAAGGUGAUCGCCCCAAUACGGAGCCGCUGCCUGGGCGUGCGUGUCCCGGCUCCUACCACUGAAGAAAUUGCUGCCAUCGUCACUAGUGUCGGGAAGAAGGAGAGCACGCUGGUGCCCCCGGAGUUGGCCAAGCGCAUCGCGGAGAGCUCCAACAGGAACCUCAGGCUGGCGCUCCUGUCACUCCAGGCGGCCAGGGUGCAACAGUACCCAUUCACACCAGACCAAGCAGUGCCGGCGCAGGAUUGGCUGACGUACUUGCAGGAGACUGCAAACAUGAUCGUCAAGGAGCAGAGCCCGCAGAUGCUGUUCCAAGUGCGAGAGAGGCUGUACGAGCUGCUCACUCGCGGCAUUCCCCCAGGUCUUAUCUUCAAGCUGCUGACGGUGGAGCUGGUGCGCAACUGCUACGAUGCGCAGCUCAAGAUGAAGGUGGUGGGACGCGCUGCCACGCUGGACCACCGCCUGCAGCAGGGCAGCAAGGCCGUGUUCCACCUGGAGGCCUUCGUGGCUCAGUUCAUGAGCCUGUACCGCCGCUUCUUGGAGGAGAACUUCGCAGACAUUCCCGACAUGAUGUGAACUGCCAGCUGCCGCCUGUUACUUGAACUGAGCGAUGGAAAACACAUGUGUACAGUGGUGGAUGCUAGGCUCUGUGAAUUUUUUUUUUCCAUUAAAAUAAAAUUUCCAAUCAAAUAUCAAAUUA